GUCCCCGGCACCAUGAGCAAACGCAAGGCCCCGCAGGAGACCCUCAACGGCGGCAUCACGGACAUGCUCGUGGAACUCGCAAACUUUGAGAAGAACGUGAGCCAGGCGAUCCACAAGUACAAUGCAUACAGAAAAGCAGCAUCUGUGAUAGCAAAGUACCCACACAAAAUCAAGAGUGGAGCAGAAGCUAAGAAAUUGCCAGGAGUAGGAACAAAAAUUGCUGAAAAGAUUGAUGAAUUUUUAGCAACUGGAAAAUUGCGUAAACUGGAAAAGAUUCGUCAGGAUGAUACAAGUUCAUCCAUCAACUUCCUGACUCGAGUUACUGGCAUCGGGCCAUCUGCUGCAAGGAAGCUUGUAGAUGAAGGAAUUAAAACAUUAGAAGAUCUCAGGAAAAAUGAAGAUAAAUUGAACCACCAUCAGCGAAUUGGGCUGAAAUAUUUUGAGGACUUUGAAAAGAGAAUUCCUCGUGAGGAGAUGCUGCAAAUGCAGGACAUUGUUCUUAAUGAAGUUAAAAAGCUGGAUCCCGAGUACAUCGCUACAGUCUGCGGCAGUUUCCGAAGAGGCGCAGAGUCCAGUGGAGAUAUGGACGUUCUGCUGACCCACCCAAACUUCACGUCAGAAUCAAGCAAACAGCCAAAGUUGUUACAUCGUGUUGUGGAACAGUUACAAAAAGUCCGUUUCAUUACAGAUACUCUGUCAAAGGGUGAGACAAAGUUCAUGGGUGUUUGCCAGCUUCCCAGCGAGAAUGAUGAAAACGAAUAUCCACACAGGAGAAUCGAUAUCAGGUUGAUCCCCAAAGAUCAGUACUACUGUGGUGUUCUCUACUUCACUGGAAGUGACAUCUUUAAUAAGAAUAUGAGAGCGCAUGCCCUGGAAAAGGGCUUCACAAUCAAUGAGUACACCAUCCGCCCCCUGGGGGUCACUGGGGUUGCUGGGGAGCCCCUUCCGGUGGACAGCGAGCAGGACAUUUUCGAUUACAUCCAGUGGCGCUACCGGGAGCCCAAGGACAGGAGUGAAUGACGCCUGCCCCACCCCAGGCCUAUCCCACGAGGAGUCCUAAGUUAUUGCUUAACCUUUGCUAUGUAAGGGUUGGGUGUUUUAGGUGAUUGCCUCUUCUCUGUGCUUCCCAUGGACUAUCGUCAAUGAACCUCUUGAGCAGCUA